UGCGUCUGCUAGAAAAGAAAACGUGGUUAUGACUUUUGAAGCAGAAUUUGUAACAUUUUUUUUUUUACUCUUGUAAAAGUGUGACGUUUAAUUGAAUUUCGUAGUUCUCGGCAUCGCGUGUUGUGUUUCUUUAAAAAAAAUGGAUAGAAAUCUUUUUAGAAUUCACAGUACGAGAUUCUAUGAUGUUGAACCCAAAGCGAUACACAGCAUGGCUUUCGAGUCGAACCGGCUAGCUCUUUCCAGAUCAGACAAUAGCAUAGAAAUAUGGAAUAUGACACAUUCACCUCACAUUGAAAAGUUAAUACCUGGUUCCACGGAAGGCUCUAUCGAAGCACUCGUGUGGUCGAAGGGCAGGUUGUUUUCCACGGGUCUACAUGGUUUUGUGGUUGAGUAUGACCUGAUUGCACUUUCACCUAAAGCCAGCUAUGCUGUCACAUCAGGCUCUGCAUGGUGUCUGGCAGUCAAUAAGGCCCAUACACACUUGGCGGCUGGAACUGAAGAAGGAUAUGUCUGCUUGUUUGAAAUUUAUGAGGAAAGCUUAAUGUUCUUUAAAACGAUGGACAAACAAGAAGGUCGCAUCCUCUCUUUAUCGUGGCACAGUUCUGGCGACUUUAUCGUCACUGGAAGCUCCAAUGCGAUACGAGUGUGGAACGUACAGACUGGUCACGCCGUCAAUCGCCUAUCUCUUGGCCGAGUCGACCAUUUCAAGGAAACGCUUGUUUGGUGCAUUGCGAUCACCGACGAUUUCGUCAUCAUCACUGGCGAUUCAAGAGGAAUGACAUCCUUUUGGAACGGCAAAUUGGGCACUCUGAUAGACGAAGUCAACGCUCACAAAGCCGAUGUGCUCUGCCUUUGCCUGUCUGACGACCAAAAGACUUUGUACUCUGCCGGAGUCGACCCGGUAAUAGUGCUUUUUGCUCGUGUAAGUGCUGGAGGUCGAGAUCAAUGGAUUCGAUCUGUGCAACGUGCCAUUCACACACACGAUGUUCGCAGCUUGGCCCUAGCCGGUCCCAAAUUAUUAUCCGGAGGCGUGGAUGCGUAUCUUUGCAUCUCAUCAUAUCCUCCAAAGGCGUUAAGUAGAUACCCGCCCUUACCUCAGGCGCCGUGCGUGCAGAUGGCUCACGGCAAACGACAGCUGCUGCUACGCUACCCGACGUCGUUGGACGUGUGGCAGCUGGGCGCGGCCGCCCCGAGCGCCCACCAGCUCAGCGCCAAUACAUUUUUGAAACUAUCUCAAGAGCCUGCCCGUCUGCUGCAGCUGAAGGCUAAAGAUGACGAAUGGAUCGUCUGCGCUACCGUGUCACCCGCUGGCGAUUACGUGGCCUACGCCACCGAGUCCAACGUCUACAUUUAUCAUUUCAUUCAGUCUGCAGGGACAUUACAAUUGAAGAAGUUGUUGCCACCGGAAGAAGUCAGCACCUGCCACCGGAUGAUGUUCAUCCAUCAAUCGGGGUCCAACUCGGCCCGGCUACUAUUAGCUACACCGAAAUUGACGUUGCAGUUGGUCGAUGUUUCGAGCACAGAGCCGAUGAAACUCGUCCACACGUUCAACAAGGAGACGACCAAUGGCAAAUUCGUCAUGGAAGACUGCAUCCAUUUGAUGGACUGUUCGAGCGAUGGCCGUUUUGCCGCCGUGGCCGAUCACAAGAGCAACGUUGUCGUGCUCGAUGUGCAAUCGUUCAAAAUCUACGUGACGUUGCCCCGCUAUCAGAGUCAUCCGACUGCUUUGGCCUUCAACCCGUCGUGCGACCUUAUGGUCGUGGCCUACGCCGAUCACAAGAUCGUCGAAUACGACGUUGCCAAUCGUCAGUACACAAGCUUUUCCAAGAAAUUAUCGGAACAUCUGCCGGUUCAAUGGCUGAACCGAUCGUGCGCCGUCCGCCACAUCACAUUCGAUGUCCGACACCCGGACGUCAUUAUCCUACACGACGACAGCGUCAUCUACACAAUUGACAAGAACAAGGAAUUUUCUGAGCCGGAUGCCAAGAUCACCAAAUUCGAUACGGGCACCGAGGACAGCCUGGACGCUCCGCCCGUCGCUUUCAAAGCGCCUUCAGCAGCCCAGCAACAGAAAAUGUCGACGGCUGGUGGCGGAUCAUCUUCUUCGUGCUUUGGCAUGUCGAAGAAAUACAAACAUCUGGCCUACUUUGGUGCCCUUGAUGUAGGCGGGGAAUUGGUGGCCGUCGAAGUCAGCCCGUUGGCGCUGGAGAAACACCUGCCGCCGGCCCUCUACAAGAAACGCUUCGGUGUUUAAAGACAAUGUUCCCACACUAAAACAAAAUCUCUCCUCCCAAUUAUGAUUUCAUUUAAACAGCAAAAUCCGUUGGUUUCACGUCUUAAAAACAAUAAUAAAAAAAAAAAAAAAUUAAAUAAAAAAUAAAACUCCAA